AUGGAUUCAGCUACAGCGUUGAGCAGUCCUCCCUCUUCGAUUCCUGAGCCUCAGUUGAAUGUACAUUACUCUGCACCUGGGUUUUGCUUGCCGCAUCCCGAUACUGUCAGUGAAUUUCGCCGGGACAAAAGUAACCUGGUAUUCUGCCAUGGUGUCGCCAUUGUGAAGAUCUCACCCGAAGUCGUCGUCAAGAUUGGUCCUCAUAUCAAUUUUAUCGAGGCUAAAAACAUGACGUAUGUUGCGGAAAAUACAGGGGUUCCCGUACCUAAGGUUUUCGCAUGUUAUACGUACGGUCCUAUUGAUCGCGACCCUGAUGACUACAGGGGCGUUUACGAUACCUACAUCUUUAUGACUUAUAUUACCGGUGAAACACUCCAGGUAGCUUGGGAUGGUCUCGACGUCUCCGCCAAAUGUCAGAUUACGAGACAACUUACGACAUACAUCCAAGAAAUCCGCAAUUUGGAGAGUGCUGGUUAUAUCGGUUCUUUGGAGCAUGGUCAUGUUACUGACCAUAGUCUAUCGACCUCUGAUGACAAAGGCCCAUUUAAUUCCGAGCGGGAUUUCAACACGGCUCUUGUUGAAGUCUACCAAAAGAAUGCCCCGAAACGCCAUAUCAAAGCUUUUUUUAAUGGAAUGCUUCCUGAAUCCCACCGCAUUUUGUUUGCACAUGUGAACGUCCUGAUUGAUGAGGAUUGCAACGUCACCGGCUUGAUUGACUGGGAGCUGUCCACCCCACUUCCAUUUGGAGUUGGCUUCGGUCGCAUUCACACCUACGCUGGUGAAUACACGGGCGGGGAGUUUUGGGUACCUGAUGAGUUUGAGGAUGCCAAACGGGGGUUUUGGCACGAAUUGUUUGAUGGAAUGCCAGCAGAUACUCGCGACAAGUUGGAGCAAGAUUUUGCUCUUAUCCAGGAUGCUGUCAUUCUUGGGACAUUUUUGGAUUGCUUUUGUUUUGAGGACGGGGAAGUUAUUGUUGGCGCUGUUUCUAAAAAGGCUAUCCCCAAGCUCCUUACAUACCGAAUUCCUUUUGUUAGAGGGGAUGAGCCUCCAUACAGAGAUUAG